GCGCGCCCGACUCUUCCAGAAGACCCGGGGAGCGCCUCGCGGCCCGGCUGAGCUAGCGUCGGUCUUUCCCUCUUUUGCGGGCUCCACUAUGGCGGCCGUGAAGAGCCUGAACCCCAAAGCCGAGGUGGCCCGAGCCCAGGCAGCGUUGGCGGUCAACAUCAGCGCGGCCCGGGGUCUGCAGGACGUGCUGAGGACCAACUUGGGGCCUAAGGGCACCAUGAAGAUGCUUGUGUCUGGAGCUGGAGACAUCAAGCUCACUAAAGAUGGCAAUGUGCUGCUGCAUGAAAUGCAAAUUCAAUACUCCACAGCCUCCUUAAUAGCCAAAGCAGCAACAGCCCAGGAUGUCAUAACUGGUGCUGCUACCACUUCCAAUAUCCUAAAUAUUGGAGAACUACUGAAACAAGCAGAUCUCUACAUUUCUGAAGGUCUUCAUCCCAGAAUAGUAACAGAAGGAUUUGAAGCUGCAAAGGAAAAGGCACUUCAGUUUUUGGAACAAGUCAAAGUAAGCAAAGAGAUGGACAGGGAAACACUCAUAGAUGUGGCCAGAACAUCUCUGCGUACUAAAGUUCAUGCAGAACUUGCUGAUGUCUUAACAGAGGCUGUAGUUGAUUCCAUUUUGGCCAUUAAAAAACAAGAUGAACCUAUUGACCUCUUCAUGGUUGAGAUCAUGGAGAUGAAACAUAAAUCUGAAACCGAUACAAGCUUAAUCAGAGGUCUUGUUUUGGACCAUGGGGCACGGCAUCCUGAUAUGAAAAAAAGAGUAGAAGAUGCAUACAUCCUUACAUGCAAUGUGUCCUUAGAAUAUGAAAAAACAGAAGUGAAUUCUGGCUUUUUUUACAAGAGUGCAGAAGAGAGAGAGAAACUAGUAAGAGCUGAAAGAAAAUUCAUUGAAGAUAGAGUUAAAAAAAUAAUAGACCUGAAAAAGAAAGUCUGCGGUGACUCAAAGAAAGGAUUUGUUGUUAUUAAUCAAAAGGGAAUUGACCCAUUUUCCUUAGAUGCUCUUGCAAAAGAAGGCAUAGUAGCUCUGCGCAGAGCGAAGAAAAGAAAUAUGGAAAGGCUGACUCUUGCUUGUGGUGGAGUAGCUCUAAAUUCUUUUGAUGAUCUAAAUCCUGAUUGUUUGGGACAUGCAGGACUUGUCUAUGAGUAUACAUUGGGAGAAGAGAAGUUCACCUUUGUUGAGAAAUGUAACAAUCCUCGCUCUGUUACAUUAUUGGUCAAAGGACCAAAUAAGCACACACUCACUCAAAUCAAAGAUGCAAUAAGAGAUGGCUUGAGGGCUGUUAAAAAUGCUAUUGAUGAUGGCUGUGUAGUUCCAGGUGGUGGUGCAGUGGAAGUGGCAAUGUCACACGCCCUGGUGAAAUACAAGCCCAGCGUAAAGGGCAGGGCCCAGCUUGGAGUUCAAGCGUUUGCUGAUGCAUUGCUCAUUAUUCCCAAGGUUCUUGCUCAGAAUUCUGGUUUUGAUCUUCAGGAAACACUAGUUAAAGUUCAAGCAGAACAUUCAGAAUCAGGUCAACUUGUGGGUGUGGACUUGAACACAGGUGAGCCAAUGGUAGCAGCAGAAGUAGGCGUAUGGGAUAACUAUUGUGUAAAGAAACAGCUUCUUCACUCCUGCACUGUGAUUGCCACCAACAUACUCCUGGUUGAUGAGAUCAUGCGAGCUGGAAUGUCUUCUCUAAAAGGUUGAAUUGAAGCUUCCCCUGUACUACCUGAAUCAUGAAGACUCUACAGAGUGAUCCUAAGAAUACAGCUAUGGAAUUUUUGUCCUGGCUUCAAAUGAUUUUUAAAGGAAUUUUCCCAUCUGAAGAAAGGAGAGAGCAAUGGCAACUACCUAUUAAAAUUCCAAAGUCUGAAAUUAUAAUUACACUAUUUUUUUUUAAAUUGUACUCAGUGUAUGCACAACUAGCAGGCUGUUUUCACCCAAUAUGCACAGAAUAUUUUGCUUUCGUUUCUGUGAUAUUAAAAAAAAAAAAAAAACAUUAGAAAAGCAUAUGGUAUCUAUCUUAUUAAAUAUUCCUUGAAAAACAAA